AUGGACCAGGGUCAGGCACAAACAGCUCCGCUCGUGCAGCAGGAUGAGGGCCACAUGGGCUGGAAGCAGGCGGGCAUCACGGUCUUCACCUUUGCGGCGCCCUCGGCGGUGAUGGCCGUACCCUUCGCCAUCGCCAAUGCCGGCUAUGUUGGGGGGAUGGCUCUUUGCUUGAUCCUCACGUCAGCCUCCGUUGCUGGGGCCAACAUGCUGCUGGAGAUGAAGAUCUUGUACCCACACUGCAAGACAUUCGGAGAUCUCGGCUUGGAGGUCAUUGGCAGGCCAGCCCAGAUGUGGGGCAACGUGAUUCAGCUCGGGAACUUCUGCCUCUUCAUGCCAUGCGCUCUUCGCUUCUGCGCCUUGUCCUUGUACUCGAUCGUCGAAAUCGGUGCGCUGGGCAACUGCAUCGACUACUACGUCUGGGUGAUCGCGGCCGUCUGCUUGGUGAGCACGCAAGUGAGGAGCUUCGACAACGCGCAGGGCUUCACCGUGAUCUCCUUCCUCUGCGUCAUCGGCAUGGUCAUCACGAUGAUGGUCGCGGCAUUCCAGUAUGAGCACGUUCCCCGAAUCCCGGCACAAUGGAUUGGGAACCCGGAGCCCGAGGCAGGGUUGCGGCUCGUGCGCCUCGCCAGUGGCUUCACCAUCGGUGCUUGGGCGUUCAUUCCCGCCUUCCUCACCGUAGAACUCAGCACUUGCAUGCGCAACCCCGCCGACUUCAAGAAGUCCCUGCUGAUGGCCGGAAGUCUCAACGUGAUGCUCUUCGUGCUCGUCGGCACCCUUGUCGUCGCCCGCUGGGGCUACAAUGUGGGAGAGGUCAUCGCCAUCACCACGGGUGUCGGCGCCUUCGCUCGCGGGAAUGUGAUCAACACGCUCUUCAACGCCUUCCAGUUGGGUGGCAACUUUGUGUCCUACAUGCUGGACUCAGUGCCGCUGAGUCGGUUCUGCCAGAAGUGCUGGGCCCCAAACUUCAAGGACACGUGGACAGUGCCCGACAUCAUGAGGUACUUCGGCUACUCCCUGCCCACGUUCCUGUCUGCCUUGGUUCUGAGCACCUUCACCCCCAGCAUCAACACGCUCUUGGACUUCGUGACAGCUCUGACCACGCCAUGGGUGACCCAGAUCUACCCCGCGGUCCUCUAUUGGAAGGUCCUUCACCGACGCCGUGUCACAGACAACAUUGAGUGUGGGCUGGAGGACCCAAUCAGGCGCUCGGAAAAGAUCACGGUUGCCUUGGUGUUCGUGGUCGGAUGCAUCAGCUUCUGUGCCUGCGCACUGAAGGCCAUCGGAUACCUUGCCUUUGAUGAGCUCCGUCCUUCUUUCCAGAUCGGCUGCGACGACUGGCUGAUUUGGAAGUGGUCUCGCAAAGGAUGA